AGGCUUUCCACUAAUACCAUACGUGGCUGAUGACGUGGCGUUAGCUUCCACUAUCACAAGCUGAAGACUCAUAGAUACUGGUAUUGGUCCUUCUAUGAAAAGAACCAUGAUUUAAACGGGACAGAGUUGCCUGAUCACUGAAUUUAGAUAUCGGCGAUCCGGAAUACAGCCUUCUACUUAUCAUUUUUAUGUAUAUAAGUUCCGUCCGAAUUGCCAAUCAGCCAUGCCUACUCUUCUUGAUAAUGCUAUGAAAUCCAAGAACGCUGUACUAGCCUUCUCCGGGCUCGUUGCAGCCGCUCUCGCGUGGUCAUUGGCCGGCGGGAGUAUCUUCCCUUCUCAGGAUGAUCCCAAGGGAGAUCCCGAGACUUGGACGCGGGAGGAGCUUAGAAGAUGGCUCGCGGCCCGCAAUCUUCACCCCCAGAAAGGAGAUAAUCGAGAGCAACUCUUAGAAAGAGUCAAGGCAAAUAUGAGGUAGGGCGCAUUGUUGGCAGCUAUUUUAAAUGCUAGCGGCCUGCUCCGGUCUGGUAUAGAAGCAAUUAGAAAGUCGAAAAGGGCCGUCUACGCAUUGAAGAAGAAUAAAAGGAAGUAUGGGAUUUCCCAUCCGCAAAUUGGCGUUUCCUCCGCCAUCAGUCUUGCUUUUACACGCAUAGGUACCUAACAUAUGUAAUUAUACUUGAAGAAUUGCAUUUCUCACGAAUAUCGUCCUGAGCAAUAAAUGUGAUUGUGUUGA